AUGAAGCACAUCCCGGUUCUCGAGGACGGACCGUGGAAGACUGUGUGUGUGAAGGAGCUGAAUGGCCUCAAGAAGCUCAAGAGGAAAGGCAAAGAGCCGGCGCGGCGCGCAAACGGCUAUAAAACUUUCCGAGUGGACUUAGAAGCGCCCGAGCCCGGCGCCCUCAUCACUAACGGGCUACGGGACAGGACCCAGCGGCUACAGCCGACACUGGCCCCGGUGCCAGCCCCGGUGGCGCCAGCCGUUCUCUCAGGUGGGGGAGUGGAUGCAACACGGGAACGAGGAGGGGCAAGGGUGCCGGAGGUCUUGGACACGAGAAAGCGCGGUUUCGCCCUGGGCGCAGUGGGGCCGGGACUCCCCACUCCGCCACCGCUACCUCCAGUGCCCCAGGGUCAGAUAUCAGAAGCCACCGAGGUACUGCCUUGUCGGGAGCAGGGCCUGCGCCCCCGCAUCUUGCUGUGCGCGCCACCCGCUCGACCCGCACCCUUAGCACCCCCUGCGCCUCCAGCGCCUUCAGCGUCCUCAGUGCGUCCCGCGCCCCCGACGCGCCCUGGGGAAAGUUCCUACUCCACAAUUUCACACGUAAUUUACAAUAACCACCCGGAUUCCUCUGCGUCGCCUAGGAAACGGUCUGGCGAAGUGACCGCCGCCUCCUCCGAGAUCAAAGCCCUACAGCAGACCCGGAGGCUCCUGGCAAACGCCAGGGAGCGGACGCGGGUGCACACCAUCAGCGCAGCCUUCGAGGCGCUCAGGAAGCAGGUGCCGUGCUACUCAUAUGGGCAGAAGCUAUCCAAGUUGGCCAUCCUGAGGAUCGCCUGUAACUACAUCCUGUCCCUGGCGAGGCUGGCUGACCUCGACUACAGCGCUGACCACAGCAACCUCAGCUUCUCUGAAUGUGUGCAACGCUGUACCCGCACCCUGCAGGCUGAAGGCCGUGCCAAGAAGCGCAAGGUCCCUCUUCAGGCUUCCCAGGUUUCCUGGAAGCCCCUGGAGCCCAAGCAAGGGUGGCCCUCUGGGGGUUCCCAGGUCCACUCAGGCUACUGCGGCCGCAUUCCUGGAAAUGAUUUAACCUGGACCAAGUAG